AUGAGCCGUGGCAGCGGCAAGUCGGAUUUCGACUCGGACGAUGGCAGCGACGCCGUCUCAUCCGAUCGCGGUGGCAUCGUCAAGGCCAAGGCGUCGCUCCCGUUUCCGUACAACAAGCUGCCGACAUCGCUGGACCUCGACUCGCUCUCUCCAUUCAAGGAGGCGCGUGCGAUGCGCAUGCAGGACAUCAAGGUCGCGUUCCACAACGGCCUUCCGCAAGAGUUUUACAAGGCGAUCGGCCGCUUUCUGCGCAAGAUCAUCGAGGUCAAACGCCGCUUCCAGAAGCUCAAGCCCAUCAAGGACUGCUUCCUCGGCUCGGACGCGGUCGGCGCGCUCAUGUUUUAUGGCUUUGCGAUCGACGAAAACGAGAGCAUCUUGCUCGGCAACGUGCUCCUUAAGCUCGGGUACAUUGAAGACGUGCAUGGCCCGGCGGCGACGAUCCUCAACAAGUCGGACGCGUUCUACCGCUUCUCGAAAGCGCUCGAGUUCCACGACGACAACGCGGCCUUGUCGCUCGAGAACGACGCACUCGCCAACGCAGCGGACAUGCACGCGCUCAUUUCGGAAGAGAGUUUGGCGAUCUUGACGCGCGUCUUGCACCACGUGCUCGAGAAGAAGAACAAACUGCUCUUCCACAAAGGCCACGUCGGCUGCUUCAUGGGCGCGGAGCUCGUCAUGGCGCUGCGCGAGAUGAAGAUUGCGACGUCGACGAUCGACGCGAUCCUUGUCGGGCAGUCGAUGUUCGAGGACCAGCUCAUCGCGGCCGUGGACCCUCGCACGUCGAGCUUCCAGAACCGGUACACCAUGUUCCGCCUCGUCACGACCGCGCCGUCGGUCUGA